AAAGAAAAGAAGUCAAAACUACGACUAUAAAUCGAUGUAGACUCAUUGAGGGAAAUGCACUAUACCAUUAGAGCCACGGGCCCGGACAUUACGAGAGUAUGUUGAAGUGUAUUAAGAAUAAUGCAAUGUUAUGCCCUAAAUUUGGAUUGCUUCUCGUGAGUAAAUAAAAAAAAGUUGAGCAAAUUUUUUAGGUGCGACUUAGAACUAAUCCAAAACGUAAUUCGGGCAAAUGAGAAAUUCACUCCCAACCUUUUGAGUUCUAACAUCCUACUUUGUUGUUUGUCUAAUUAUAGCAAUCAAACUCAGUCCCCAUAUAAAUCCCACAAACUCCCUCCCCACAACAAACCAAGCUUUCAACUGAAGCAUCGAAGAGAGAAAGAAAAGCAAAGAAGAAAGAUGGAACAUGGCAUCCUCUUCUCCUCCUUCUUCCUUGCCCUCUUCCUCCUCUUCUCCACCUCGUCAGCCUUCAACAUCACCAAGAUCUUAGAGAAGCAGUCGGACUUCUCCAACUUCAACAGCCUCCUCUCCGAGACAAAGCUAGCUAACGAGAUCAACAAACGUAAAACCAUCACCGUCCUCGCCGUGGACAAUGGCGGCGUUGGAGGCCUCUCCGGAGGAUCCUCUGACCUAACCAAGAAAAUCCUGAGCGUUCACGUUGUCUUGGAUUACUACGACACGGACAAGCUUAAAAAGCUCUUCAAAUCAAACAAGUCUGUAACUCUCACCACAAUGUUCCAAUCAACCGGUCAGGCUCGCCACCAACAAGGUUUCAUCACCGUUUCGGUGAAAGACAACCAUAUCUCAUUUGCAUCCGCAUACAAGGGCAACAAUAAUGGCGGCAAUCACGUCAACCUUGUUAAGUCGGUUGUUUCCCAACCCUACAACAUUUCAGUUCUCCAAGUCGGGUCCAUCAUCGACGUGCCUGACAUCGAGAACACCGACUCUUCCCCCGCCCAAUCACCAAAGUCUGCCAAGGCUCCCAGCCCCUCGAAGUCCAAGAAAGGAGGUGAUGACGGGGCUCCCAGUCCGUCGGAAGACGAUGAGUCAUCAUCUGACAAGGCUCCAGCCCCAUCAAAGAAAAAGCAUGACAAAGACGACAAAGGCGAAAAAUCCUCGCCACCAAAGCCAUCUGAUGAUGACUCGUCGUCAGAUAGUGCUCCAGCGCCUGCACCCUCGUCACCUGCUCCAUCUGCUGCCUCACGCACUCGUGGGAUCGUGGCUGUUGGUGCCGCGGUUCUGUUCAUGGGUUUGGCUUCACUUUUGGCAGCUUAAAUUUAAAGGCUGUUGAGAGAUAAGCGCUUAUUUCUUUGACAAAAAUUCAUCUCGUUUUAAACAUCCAAAUCAAAUUCAAAUUUCAAAUAGACGGUCAAAAUCCAAAUGUUUACAAUUGUGACAUAACACCUAGUUAUGUUAAUGAAUUUAAUUACUCACCAUAAUUCUGGCAAAUAAAUGCCUUAUUAUUACAAAAGUAUUCACUUUAUACCUCUCUUAUGAUCAUCUGUUUCUGUUCUAUUUCUUUUAUUUGUUUGACAAUCAUUGUAAGUAAAUUAUUUU